AUGCAAAUCUUCCAUGCCAGAACGAAAGACAUUCCCCGUAUAGUCGACCUAGAACAGCUCGCCAAGAUCGCCAUCGACAGCCUCCAGGAACAACUGCUGUCAGAGUAUAACCGCUAUUUAGUGCUAUAUUUAUACGCUCACCAUCAUCUCUAUGUAUGCCUACUGACACUAGCAGACCAGAUCAACAGGCGAAGGCAGCACGCUAUAGCAGACAUCUUGGGAAUACUGGACAAACUAGGCUCCAAUCUUCUUCGUGGGUCCACUAGAUGUGACUCCAAUUAUUCUUCCGCCCUAUUUGGCGCACUAGUAAAGAAGAUAGCAAAGCACAUCCUCAUAGACCCGUUCCCGCGCGCACCGUUCUUAGGCUAUGAUAUCACUGCGCUCGGGAAAGCAGUUAAUGGUUUCCUAAGUCCUUGGUGGCAUCACUUUGUCUAUUCUGAACUGGCCUUGACGAGCUGCGAGCUUUCUAGCAUAUGUACUAAUCUGCUCAAGAAAGGGCUGCAGGCAUUCAAAUGA